AAAAGAAGCCCAAUAUUCAGAUUCAAAUUUUAAACUUGGCCGUCCAUUUCAAUCAUGAAGCUGUUAUGCGGAGCAAUUGUCUUAGCGCUGGUGCAAUCCUCGCUUCAAGCUACCGAUUACUGUACUGCAAACCUUUGUAAAACUGGCGUUAAACAUGUGGGUUGCAAUCCACCUGCCGCGUUUGGAAAACCUGGAGGAGCCUUCGUACCACUUGAUGCCGCCAAACAAGCCCUGAUUUUAAGUGAACACAACAAACUGAGGAACAAAAUUGCUUUAGGAUUGGAGAAAAAUAGCGCUGGAGUAGCAUAUCUUCCGGCCGCUAGAAUGACUACCAUGCAAUGGGACGCAGAGUUGGCAACCUUAGCUUCGAUAAAUGCCAAGCAGUGCGUAAUGAAACACGAUUCUUGCCGUAACACCGUUGUUUACAAAUACUCUGGUCAAAAUCUGGCCAGUUAUGGCACCACUGCCUCCACUGUCAAUGCAACUGCACAGCUUAUCUCAAUGAUUGGCAAUUGGUACAAAGAAUCUGCAAACGCCAAUCCCCAAUUCAUCGAUGCGUACCCAUCUGCUGCUCCGCCGGCCGUUAUUGGACAUUUUACCCAAGUGGUCAAGGACAUUUCGGAUCGUGUAGGGUGCGGUAUGACCACCUGGAAGGAAAAUGGCUGGAACAAUCUGCUGUUGGCAUGCAACUACGCGAGAACCAAUAUUUUGGGAGAAGCAACUUACGUGAAGGGAACGACGGCGUCGAAAUGCACCACCGGUAAAAAUACACAGUUCCCGGGUUUGUGCAGCGUGAAGGAAGUUGUCAAAUAUUGAGGUUGAAUAAAUCAGAUGAAAAUUAAACAAAAUUGAAUUAUCGCGUUUCUCAUUAGUUGGAGUAUUUUUCUUGAUUUUGGAAGUGUAUUUUCUGAUUUGGGCCGGAACAAAUUUCAAAUCCUUCUUUUGUCACUCGGAGUUGAAACACCGCGAGCAGGGGACAAUAAAAAAUAAUGCGAAAAAUAAAUAAAUUGGAA